AUGGGCGCUGGACCCUCAAAGCAUAGACCCUAUCCAUUUCCAGUUCCAGUCGUUAGCCCAAACGGAAUGCAAACAAGCUGGUCCUCAGGCAGGUCGAAGAAGGGCAAGGAAAAGGCACACCCAGAAUCGUAUCAGCAAUAUCCCAAUGGAUUUCCAACUGCAUCCUAUGGGCUCCAGUAUUACCCACAGGCACAAUCUGUGUAUCCACAAAUUAGUGGGUAUUACCCAGUAGCCAUGGUUCCUAUUCAGCAGCCUCUGGUUAUGCCGCAAUCUUAUGUUCCAGUCGCUCCUUUUCAAAGUGCAUUCGGUCAACCACCUGCACCAGUUAUUCCCUCUGCAGAGCAAGUACGCAUGCCAGAGCCAUCUAUUGCUACAAACAAUCAAGGUCCUGUGAUACCCGACGUGACUGGUCGACAAGAUCCUGUUGUUCCUCCACCACCUGUUAUAACUAAUGUGCAGCCCCAGAGAGACACAGCUUUCCCUCCUCCUCCUAUCAUAAAUGACAUGUAUCACUCAUCUCACCCACAACCCACUGCACGCAUGCCCGAGCCACAUGUGGACAACCGGGCGACUCCAGGUCCCGUCAUUCCCGAUAUGACUGGUCGACGAGGAGAUCCGGUUGUUCCACCUCCCCCCGUCAUAACUGACGCACAGCGGACGGCUAACUCGUCAUCUCGUCCACGAUUCACCGACUUCUACCAACCAGCUGAUCAUCCUAUUUCCAUGCCCGAGCCUUAUUUGAGUGAUGUACCAUUUCGGCCACCAACUGUCCCUCCCAUACGAAUGGCAACGCGGCAAAAUCCCCUUCCCUCUCCUCCUAAAGACAUAUGGAACACAACCCCGUAUCGUCAAGUUUUACAGGAACUCCCAAAGGACAUAACCCUAUCCUUCAAUGUCGAACACAUAACAGAAAUGGAAGACAUGCUGGCUCAACCAGCAGGUCCAAUCUCGCGUCUAGGAAAGCUAUUUGGCUCUAGUAGUAAGCGUAAGGGUAAAUCACGAAAGGGACUUUUUCGCACUUUUAGCACAUCGGGGAGCGAUAGCGAAUCUGGCGCUCAUCAUCAACAUCAACAUCAACAUCAUCACCAUCAUCGUUCCAAUACCGUGACAUCAUUCGUUAUACCACCAACUGCAGCUGUGCCCCAUGGAUACGCUGGAAGUGGAGCUCCACCGCAAGCUAUGCCGGUUCCCGAUCGCGGACCUCCUAUCAGAUUUGACCAUACUGGUGAACUAUCUGGCUUUGUAAAUCACUCGCCACAUCGAGUGUUGUACAAAAACAAAAUGUACCCAACUGCGAUGCACCUCCUCGAGGCGAUGAAGUUUACAGAACACCCUACUCUUCAGGAGCGUAUACGGAAGUGCACCGAUGUUGGUGAUAUGUACCCGUUGUCGGCUGGUUUCCAGGACCACGUGCGACCAGACUGGGGUCAGGUAUUCUUGAGGAUUGUGAGGCUGUUUUCAUUGGCAUUUUGA